CUUAGUCUACUGAGAGCCCUUAUUUCUGCUGCAGACACAGCAGCUACUCAUAUCAGCAGUUUCCAUAGGAACCCUUGAUAUUCAAAGUCUGCUUCACCUCUUGGGGAAGAGGCUGGAUUGUGAAAAAGAGGCUGGAUCAGUUCUGGCCAAUUACUCUUUUUUGACUUUUUCUCUUCUUUUUUUUUGCCUCAUAGAGGAGAAAUGACUUCAGGCCGAUUUUUUUGAAAUGAAAAUGUGGCAGCACUGACAACUCUGGCUCCCCAGAUUUAGUUCCCUUAGUUUUCUUCCACCCUCUGACCUCAGCGACCAUGGUCUCUCACAGAUCCACCAAAGGAGCAUCCAAAGCCCGACGGGACCACAUCAAUUACGAGAUCAGGAAUAUGCGGGCCCUGCUGCCCAUCACCCAGGAGGACCAGGAACGCCUCUCCUACCUGCACUCCAUGGCUGCCAUCUGCACCUACAUCAGGAAGUCAGUUCUUUUCCGGGGACUCCCGACUGAGGAGACAUCACACUGCUCUCUGCCAUACGAGGCCUUUCUUGAAGCCCUGCAUGGCUUCAUCCUGGUCACCACCACCCAUGGGAGGCUGGUCUAUGUGUCCGAAAAUGUAGCUGAAUAUCUUGGUCUGUCCAUGAUUGAUGUGCUUCAAGGAGACACUCUCUAUGACAUGGUCGAACGCUCAGAUGUUGAUACUGUUAAAUCAAACCUGGACAUCGAAAGCAACUCAUCAUCAGACAGGAGCUUUAUAUGUUGUAUGCAAACCUCCAAGGCCUUCAAGCUGCAGCAGGGCAGCUGCUGCUCCAUGCUGGUCAGGGGGAGCUUCCAGUUCUUCCCUCAGCUCUGUCCGUCCUCGUCUGCAGCCUCGCCGCCCGCCACCGAGCCUCUGUUUGUGGCCCUCUGCACCCCGACAGUGAACCGCCUGAGUAGUUCUGACUCGCACUUCUGUCACAGCUUCAGCAGCGUCCACAGACUCGACAUGACCUUCACUCAGCUGUCAGACAGCGUUGUGUACUUUUUGGGGUAUUCAGCAGAUGGAAUGACCGGUCGAUCGUGGUACAGUCUCGUCCACCCUGAAGACCUUUCGUCAAGUGCAGAUUCUCACAGAAGUUUAAUGCAGACAGAUGAGGGCUUCCAGGUAGAGAUGGUGCUGAGACUGCAGCGGCAGGAUCUGACAUGGCCCUGGAUCUACAUUCGAGCUAACAAGGACUCUGAGUGUCAGAGCAUCAGCUGCACUAACUACAUCAUCAGUGAAACAGAGGCCAGAUUUCUGCGGCAGAAAAUCAGCAGCGAUGCCCUCAGGCCAUCAUCUCUGGCAAAUUCCUGCCAUUUAGCAGCUCCACAGGCGCCCCGCUGUCAGACCUACAGCAACGCUAAAUGCUUUAAAAGGCAGAGGACAUCUGACAGCCAAAGCGAGGAGCCAGGUGCCAAAGCUAGGAGGGAGUCCGAGCGAGACGUGUACUACGUGGCGCGCACCUCCUCCCAAAGCGAUAGCUCAGCUUCUCCUUUGGGUGACAGCGCUGCUCUCUUCACCCCUCCCUACAGCCCAGCCUCCUCCGGCUCUCCUCUGCAACAGGAGGAGCUCAGCCAUGACCUCCUGAUAGAUGUGCAUGGAUACACAGAUCAGCUGUCAUCCUCUCCUGAGGGCUCUCCCUCCUAUUACUCCUACCCAGAGGCGGGGCUCACCUGUCACCAGACACCUUCCGACUCCCUCCACGCAGCCGCUGAACAAACCUUUGACCAGGGAGCCUUUGGGGCGCUCACUGCUCGCUCUCCACUCUCCUCCUCAUCUCCAGCCUAUGAUUUCCAAGCUUGUACAUCCGAUGCUCGAUUAGUUCCAGACUGCCUGUCUGCGUCCGACAUGUGUGAGAGCCCAGUGGACUGUGCCCUGCAUCAAGACGAUUUCAGCCAUCCAGAGCAGCCAGAAGAGGGCAGCCUGGCCCAAGUGCAUCAUGUGCCCCACCACGUGUUGCCUAUACAUUCCAGUCUCCUUACCCCCAGCCAGUCUCCUACAUCCACAGAGCCUAACCAGUACAAUGAGAGGGAGCAGGCAGAGAUCAGUAUUCUGGCACAGCAAAUCUCCUCUCUGGCCAGCAGCUUUGACAUGUAUCACACCCUGAACCCGCUUCACCCCGCAGCCACCGACGCCCUGCCUUCAGCCUGCGACUGGCCCCAUCACCCUGCUCUCCCUUCAGUCCUCCCUCUUAAGCGCGAGCUGGCCCUUGAUGACGGCGUGUUCGACAGCAUCUUGAAAGACCUGGACAUGGUCGCGAGAAAAAGCAGCACGUCCGGCCCCGCUGCUGUGUCGUACAGCUACCAGCAGGGUUUAGUUUGCAGCAGGAGCGGGCCCCAUCAUUUGGAGCAGGAGUCCCUGGGUGUCUCCGCGGCCACCCCGGAGGACCCACUGCCUGCAGAGCAGUUCACUGCCAUGGAUGCCUUCGGUCUGCAGCUGGGACACCAUGACCAAAACACUGGGUUGCAUCAACUCAACCACUAUAUGCAGAGUAGCAUUCAGCAAGAUGAACUUGCUAAAGAAAACCUGUAUUGAAAUAAGUCUGUGACUUACUGUACUACCACUUGUAUGACAUAUUGUCAGGGCAAUCUUCCUUCACUGGAUUCAAAGAAGAAUGUGAGCAAAGACAUUUAAAGGACGUCUUUGCAAAGACACUGUUUCCCCCCCAGAUGACGUAUUUCUGAAUGUAGAAAAGAAUCUAAAGUAGAUUCUGUACUCUUCACGACUACAGCUGUCUUCAUUCCUCUCGACUGCUGUCAACUGUGUUAAAUGUUUUGCUGACGUUUAUGUUUUAUGAAGAAGGUACUUUUAAAACUGUCAACACUUACAUGCUGAAACGGAGGUAUAUUUUUCUUCUAAUACUGAGUGACCACAGUUUACUAUUGAGCACUUUAUCAUGUCAUUGCCACAAGAAUUUUUACAAAUGAGAAGCUGUGCUGUUUAAAGAAAUAUUACCAAGAUUUCAAAGCUACCUGGAUGGGCUAUAACACAUAAAUCCUUAUAGCAAAGAGCCAUUUUGAAAUACUUGUUUUUAGGUGCCUUAAAAUAUUUAGACAAGACACUUAUCAAUUUGCUAAAUAGUAAUAUUUUCAUUCCUUUUUUUGUACGUGUCUCCUUUUUCUCUCAGUGUGCCAUUAAUGCUUUCAAGCUGUUAGGAGAUAAAGAAAACAACCUCAGUCAGCGAGCAGUGAGAUGAUGACGAUUGUGAAUUCAACUACCUCAGUACAUCUGAAUACAUUCCAAGUCUGAAGUCUAUGAAUUAAUUGUAUUUAUUUGGUAUUGAGCACAUUGACUUAACCUUACUCACUUAACGGUGUGUAUCUUAUGUUCAUUCCUUCCACAUAAAUCUUUUUCCACGGUACUGGAACUGUAAAUGUCUGAAUGUUCAGCGUUGUUGUGUUAUUCCUGCAAUUUGCUUCAAAUGUUUGAAAUUCAA